AUGAUGAAGCCCGUUCCAACGGAGGCCGCCCAAAGCGAAACGAAACGAAACGAGAGGAAAUUCUGUGGCUACCAAGGCAUCGCCGAAGCACGUGAGCCGCCACAAAGGCCGGAGACAUUCGACACAAAGCACAGAAGACAAGAGAGAACGAUAACGAAGGUCCUGCUGCACAGCUGCGCCACACGAGUCGAGCUGGAAGCGCUGGAGGGAAACAUGAUUCGACGGAUGCAGGGAUCAAUCAAUAUGACGGUUCCUCUCGAAGGCAUCUUUGUGUUCGGGCUGGGCAAUCGGGUUAGGUGUAAUACGGAGUGGGAGGGAGUCUUAGGUAGCGAUGCAGGUUCCGGGUACCUACGCGCCGGGGCAUCUGACAGUCUGGGUGCUAGUACAGGCUACCGGGCCGAGGAGCAGCAGUUUGGAUCGAUGGGCCUUGCCCGUGGUUGCAUCUGCCGGUACCCAACUUGGCGCCUAUCAAGGAUUGCAGUGUUACAUGCAAUCGUUGGUGCUGUAGAUACAAGUCCGGGCAUUGUUUGA